AUGCGGCACUUGCCUACCAUAGCAGCCGUGCUUGUUGGUCUGUCCACAGUUGCACCAGGGUCACAGCCCACGUCCCCAACCCCAGAGGAGCAACACCGGCGUGAGCGUGAGCAUAAUGGAUCACCCUCGAAGCCGCCAGGGAACAGCCCCAACCCACCGGAGCCGCCUCAACAGCCACCAAAACCGCCUCAAAAACCGCCGACGCCGCCGAACAGCCCCAGCCCACCAGGAUCACCUCAACCACGACCAGAGCCGCCUCCAUCUCCACCAUCGGAGAACCGCAACGAUGAUGAAGACGAAGACCAGAAUGAAACUGAAAGCCCAAAGUCAGACAAGGGAAAAGGAAAAGACAAGGGAAAAGGCAAAGGAAAAGACAAAGGAAAAGACAAGGGAAAAGAAAAAGGAAAACACAGAGGAGAAGGAGAGGAGUUGCCCCCGUCGCCUGAGGAGCCUCCUGUUGAUCCACAUCUACCACCGUCGCCACCAGACAGCGGCACAUCGUCGCCCGAUCCAGAGAGCGGUCCGCCGUCACCACCAUCAGAAAACCCACCAUCCCCGCCGUCCUCAGAAGACUCUCCCCCGCCGCCAGCAAACAAUGACCAGCCUUCGCCACCGUCUGGAGGUGUUCCGCCAUCACCACCGAACGACAACUCAGAGGAACCUCCAGAGGACAGCAAAGAUGAUGAAGACGAAGACCAGAACGAAACUGAAGGCCCAAAAUUAGAUAAAGGAAAAGGGAAAGAACUGCCUCCAGAUGAGCACCCAGAGGACAACGGACCACUACCACCACCAGCCCCGCCGGGAACACCCUCGCCGCCAGAGCCUCCAAAAGAUAACGAGAAUGAUAAAGAUGAGCACGAGGAGGAGUCUGAGCGCCCCAAACCGAAAAAAUGUGUAAGAUGGGCGGAUUACGAACAAGAUGCGGAUUGGUUGAGCACUGUUCCCAGGAGGCCUCCAUACCUACAUGGGUCACAAAAGAAAAAGUGGAAAGCGAUCCAGAAAGAGCUCCAGCACCUCGACUGCGUUGAAGACGUGGCGCAAGUUGCGUUUGACAGGAUGAAGGGCAGGCACUCCGAGUCAUACGACGACGAAACCGAGCGCAGGCUCGAUGAGCUGCAGAGUGAGGGCGAGGGCUCGACAGCCUACAAGACAUUUAAGUCCUACCAGGAUACACCCGAUUCGGCCGUCAACGAGGAGGGUGGAUGGAAGCUCCAAGACCCAAAGCUCCGGGAGAAGCUCAGGGACGAGGCCGAGGAGGAGCUCGGGCUGCUCAACCACAAGUUACGCACCGGCGAGUGGGUCAGGGACACGCUUGAGGGCAAGAAAUUCUCCAUUAUGGAUGCGUAUAUGAGGAUGGACGAGCUGAGGGACUUUAUAAAACUGAUUGACAGGAUAUCGGCGUAUGACACGCUUCCCCCACAAGAGUCCAGCUGA